UUAUAUGAAAUGCAAAAAAGGCUAAAAUACGUAAAAGUGGAAGGAAAAAUAUAGACAAUCUUAGUAGCAAUCUAACUACGAGCUUAAAAAUGAGCAUACCAAUAGUAACCGUGAAACAAGGCAAAUUAAAAGGGGCAGUGAUACAGAAUAUCCUAGGAUCAUCGUCGUACUACGCUUUCAGAGGGAUACCGUUCGCAACACCUCCUGUUGGAGAACUCAGAUUUAAAGAUCCGCAACCAAUCGAGUCAUGGACCGGUGUCAAAGAUGUUUCCGAAAACGUUCAAUAUUACUGCACGCAGCGCCAACCAUUUACACCGUAUCAAGUCAUUGGCAGCGAGGAUUGCCUUUACCUCAACGUCUACACGAAUUCUCUGGAUCAAUCGAAACCGGUUAUGUUCUACGUUCACGAGGGUGCGUUUAUAAGCGGUACUUCGAGUUUCGAGGAAAUGAGGCCCGAUUACUUGCUCCCGAAAGACGUGGUGGUCGUCUCGAGUAACUACAGAGUCGGCGCAUUCGGAUUUCUAAAUCUGGGCCACAGAGUCGCGACCGGGAAUUACGGGCUGAAGGAUCUGAUCUUGGCUCUGAAAUGGGUGAAGGAGAAUAUCUCCAACUUUGGGGGGGAUCCUAACAACGUGACGAUUUUCGGCGUAAGCGCGGGAUCAGUUUUGGUUCACGCGUUGCUUUUGUCCCCGCGCGCGGAAGGAUUGUUCCACAAAGCGAUCAUGCAGAGCGGUGUGCUUUGGAGUUCUUGGUGCAAAAAUCAGAAUUAUUCCACUCGUGGAUUCAAAUUAGCCGCCCUCCUAGGUGAAAAAUCCACAAAUCCCGAAACAGUGAUCGAAUUUCUGCGAAAAGUGCCAGCCGAGGAUAUCGUGAAAGUUCAAUCUAAUAUAGUGACAUUAGAGGAAAAAUUCUCCUUCUCGAUUCCUUUCGGGGUGAGUUACGACGAGAUAUCGGACGAGCCAGUUAUGCCAAAAUCUGUGGAUGAAUUACUGAGGACAAGAGGCGGGGAUAUCCCCGUAAUGAUCUCUUACACGGCUGACGAAUGCAUAUCAUACGUAAAAGAUAAAUCGAAGGAGACGAUUCAAAUGUUAAACGAAUACAUGCCCUUGUAUGUGAGAACUUUGAAAUCGUUGAAGAAAUUAAACGAGGAAGAUUUUGAACGAUUGUACAGUACGAUAAGCGAUCGAUUUUUUGAAGGGAAACCGAUCAGUGCUAACAAAAUCCGCAAAGCAAUCGAGGCAUUGACUUAUUUAUUUUUCGAACUUCCUAUUAUCGUGAUGAUAGAAGAUCUAGCGAAAAGGACAACCGUGUCUAAUUACGUUUGUAGAUUCUCAUUCGUUGGAAACGAGGAAUCGAUCUUCGAUCUCAUACAAAAACGUCACAUUUCUGGAGCAGCUCACACGGAUGACGCGCCAUAUUUGAUAUAUUCACCGAAAUAUAAAAUUUAUAACCCUAAUCCACCACAAGUCGGGACGAAAGACAGAGUAACGUUGGAACGAAUGACUAGAAUGUGGACUAAUUUCGCAAAAACGGGGAAUCCUACUUCGAUUAAAGAUGAAUACGUUAACAUUGAUUGGAGGCCCGCAACAUUGGACGAUCUCUGUUUUUUGGAUAUUAAUAAAGAAUUAAAGAUGCAACCCAUUUUACCACAUAUUUUAUCCUCUCCAAAUUUGUCCAUCGACGAUUUAAAAAUCUAUUCGAAAAUGAGCGAGCCAAUUGUGACCGUGAAGCAAGGUAAAUUGAAGGGAGCAAUAGUGAAAAAUGUUUUAGGAGGAGAAUACAUCGCGUUCAGGGGGAUACCAUAUGCUGUUCCACCUGUUGGUAAACUCAGAUUUAAGGACCCGAUACCAAUUGGACCGUGGAGCGACGUUAAGGACACGUCGAAACCCAGUGAAUACUACUGCCCUCAGAAGCAGAUAUACCCACCUUAUCAAAUCAUCGGGUCCGAGGAUUGCCUUUACCUGAACGUCUACACCAAUUCUCUCGAUCAAUUGAAACCGGUUAUGUUCUGGAUUCACGAAGGCGCAUUCGUAUUCGGCAGUUCGAGUUUUCAGGAAGUGAGGCCCGAUUACUUGCUCCCGAAAGACGUGGUGGUCGUCUCGAGUAACUACAGACUCGGCGCAUUCGGAUUUCUAAAUCUGGGCCACCGAGUCGCGACCGGGAAUUACGGGCUGAAGGAUCUGAUCUUGGCUCUGAAAUGGGUGAAGGAGAAUAUCUCCAAGUUUGGGGGGGAUCCUGACAACGUGACGAUUUUCGGCGUAAGCGCAGGAUCAGUUUUGGUUCACGCGUUGCUUUUGUCGCCGUGCGCGAGAGGACUGUUCCAUAAAGCGAUCGCGCAGAGCGGAGUGCUUUCGAGCGCCUGGUGCAAGAAUCAAAGCCAACCCGAUCGUGCAUUUAAAUUGGCCGCUACUCUCGGAAAAGAAUCCGACGAUCCCGAGGAGGUUUUCGAAUUUCUGCAAAAAGUGCCAGCCGAGGAUCUCGUGAAAGCUCAGCCUGCUAUCCUGACCUUGGAGGAGAAAUUCUCUUACGCUAUUCCUUUUGGGGUCAAUUGCGACGAUAUGGCGGAGAAUCCCGUUAUGCCAGAGCCUAUCGACAAAUUGCUUCCAAAAAUCGCCAACGUACCCGUGAUAAUAAGUUACACGGCGCACGAGUACAUUAUGUUCCUAAGAGGCAGAAGUCAAAAUAUACUGAACGUUUUGAACGAGUAUCUGCCCACGUACGUGAACAGUUUGAGAGAGUUGAAGAAGUUGGAGGACGAAGAUAUCGAGGAAUUGUACGAAAUUUUGACCAAUCGAUACUUCGACGGGAAACCCAUCAACGAUAAGAAACUGCGAAAAGUGAUCGAUCUUCUCACUCUCAUUUAUUUCGAGCUACCCGCCAUUUUGACCAUAGAGGAUCGAGCCAAGAGAUCCCUUUCGCCUACUUAUCUGUGCAAAUUCUCGUUCGUCGGCAACGAGAUAUCUCUUUCCGAUCUGGUAGUGAAACGUCACGUUUCUGGAGCGUCUCACACCGACGAUGCCCCGUAUUUGAUAUAUUCACCGAGGUUGAAAAGUGACGAUCCUGAUCCACCGGCGGUCGGUACGAAAGACAGGAUUACGAUGGAACGAAUGACCAGGAUGUGGACUAAUUUCGCUAAAACGGGGAAUCCUACUUCGAUCAAAGACGAGUUCGUCAACAUCGAUUGGAAGCCUGUUACCUCGAACAAUCUCUGCUACUUGGAUAUUAGCAACAAAUUGGAAAUCCUCCCUGUUUUACCGCAUAUUUUAAGAGACGACAUAUUGAACACGAAUAAGAAUCGGUUAAGAAAGGAAAAAAGACGAUUCAUGCCAUCUUUAUUCAUUGACCGCGAAGAAGGGAAUAAACGGUGGCUUUUCUAUUCAUAAUUAUUACGAAUAGAAAUUUCGUUAGAGAUUAUCUUCCAUCUCAAAUUUUCACUUUUCAUUAUGUGUAAUCUGUGUAUUCUGAAAUAAUUGUUCUUGAAAGCUCGAAUGAUUAAUUAAUUUGCUUAAAUAUUAAGAAUUGAUACAAGUUUAUCUACUCAUAUUAUUUUUUAUAGUUUUUUUUUGUUUCUCAUCUCUUUUAUAUAUUAUUAUUUUAUAUAAUUAUGUUUGUUUUACAAUAUAUUGUAUUUGUUAGAUUUUUUUUUCGAACUGACUCGAUUAAUUAAUUCGUUAAGAUUGAUUUCGAAACUUGCGAUGUUUUAUAAGAAUUACAAGUUUUGUUUAAUUCAUAUUGCUGAAUCAAUUAAUUUGAAGCGAACCAGUUGACCAGUUUGUCAAAGUUAAUCCGAAGUUGUUGCUCAAAGAAUUAUUUAAUGAGGAAUGAUAAUUAUUGAUAUGUUCAUCGAUGAGUUGUUAUUAAUGAUAAGUACUGAUUGUACUUAUUAUCUUCGAAAAGAAACUAUGACUGUUAUUUGUAUUAUAAUUUAAUUCGAAAAUUGUAAAAUACGAAUAUUUACAAAUUAAUGGAUUUGUAUUUCAAUAAACUAUAUACUUUAUUUAGUAAAGAAUAUAA